UGAAUUUAGCAUUCGUGUCCUUUUUAGACGCUCGUCAGCUUGUUUGAGUUCUUCUGAAGUUUUGACCGAUUUCCAAAAUCACGUUCUGCUGCCCAGUUGACGUGGACGAAGAGGAGCUCAGCUCAGGCUUUAGACUCGCAUUCGGACAGACCUAACAAAAUGCCUGGACCAGCAGCAAGUGCAACAAAUGUUGGGGCGUCUAGCCGUUCCCCGAGCAAAACAGUGGCUCCCCGAGCAGCAGGUUCCACCGUCCGACAGAGAAAAACUGCCAGCAGCAGUGCACGCAGCGGAGGCAGGACCACAGGAUCCGCAGGAACCGGGGGCAUGUGGCGCUUCUACACUGAAGACUCGCCAGGCCUCAAAGUCGGUCCGGUGCCAGUCCUUGUGAUGAGUCUCCUGUUUAUUGCCUCGGUCUUCAUGCUUCACAUCUGGGGGAAGUACACCCGAUCCUAAGCCCCACCUGAUGACCUCUGACCCUGCUCUUCGGCUUCUUAACUCUUUUGGACCUGGACCAAACAAACAAGUUCCCUCUUCCUCUGUCACUACAACACACACUUUUUUAUUAGUACAAGAUCUUUAUCCAUAUCAGAUUUUAGUAACUUAUGCAGCUUCAUUCUGUCGAUGAGUGUUUUUACACCAGAUAUGAGCGAACGAGACGAAGCCUCCAAACCUCUUUAUUAUUCAUCAUGUUGCUCUCACAAAAACCAGCAGCAGCAACACAGGUUUGCUUCUGCUGCCACACGAGGUCGGUGCAUUGUCCAAGGACAUUUUUGUUUUCAGGGCCCCAGUAAACCUGAUUUUUUUUUUUUGUUGGGUUAAUGUCAUUUGUACAAAAUGUAAUUCUGAAGUUGUACAAUAAAACAAACAAAAAAAGAUUUAAAAAAAAA